GAUGGACUGGUUCAAACUGCAGCGCUUCGAGAAGGUCUUCAACGCUUCCUCCACCAGGAUCGUCACCAAAAAUGGAGUCAAUUUUCUGCUGGUGAACAGCGUGGCCCUGCACGGUGACGGCUGUCCCAUCUGCCAGUCGGUCGAGAAGGAGCUGAUCAAACUCUCCAGGGACCUCAACUGUUCUCUUCAGAACUCGCAGUCCGGCGGCGCAGUGAUGGACAGCUGUGAAGGCUCGCAGAUCUACCCGCCUACAUCCCCCAUCAUGUUACAGCACUAUCCUCUCUACAGAGUGAGCGACGCCGGCUGCACCGGACAGGACGCUGCGCCGCCUGAAGAGCGACACCUGCUGUUCAGAGAGAAGUAUGACGUGCUGUCGAAGGAGGCCUCACAGAGGCUGCUGCAGUGGUUUAAACCCCGCCUCAUCCUCAGUGGACACACCCACAGCGGAUGUGAGGUUCUCCAUGACAACAAGUACCCAGAAAUCAGCGUGCCAUCAUUCAGCUGGAGGAACCGAAACAACCCUAGCUUCAUCCUGGCGUCCGUGUCUCCGAGCAGCUACGCCCUGUCCAAAUGUUUCCUGCCCGAGGAGAGCACGGUCAUCAGCGUCUACUGCUCAGCCGGCGCCUGCCUGCUGCUCCUCUUCCUCGCUCACUGUAUGUGGAUGAAAGGCCUGCUGCAGUGCCUCAGCCUCUGCCUGCUGGGGAAGCACAAGUCUCUGUGAACUACAUUACCCAGCAUGCACCACGUGCUGGAGAGGGAGGGAGGGAGGGAGGGAGGGAAGGGGGGAAUGAGCCAUGAUCUUGGAGAGAUAUUGAGGAUCUACAUAAUGUGAAGGACCAAAUUUGUCCAAAUGUUUUUAGCGGCACUGUGACAUGAACAUGAAUAUAUUUUAAUUGUCUCUAAAAAAAGAAAAAAAAGAAAAAAGGACUGAAAGUUUAUCUUCUCAUAUUUAUAAUGCCAGUCGAGUUGAUAUGAGCCAAAUUACCUUCUUUUAAAGAGUGCCAGAUGGGUGGACUUUACAACCACUUAUUUGUCCGUAUGAGAAACGUCACACACACACUUAAAAAGACAAAUCAAAACAAGUAUAUAUGUAAAUAUUAUUUGUCCCCCCCCCACACACGGUCUGAUCUGAGGUGGUAAAGUGAAGACGUACGUUGGUGGUUUAUGUCUCUUCACUCUGAUGUUAACUGUGAUCUGAUGUAAGACACACUGCUGCUCAUCCUCUCGUUACGUUCUUCUUUCCGUUGUUGAAGUCUGAUGAUAAUCCAGGUUUCUCCUUUGUUUUUAUGACGCAUAUCUGAAUAUAUUUAUUGCU